AUUCUCACGGUCAUCUACUGCCUUUCGAGCUUCAAGCUCGACCGCUUCAAAUUGGACAUCAACCUGGAGGUUUUCCCCUUCGGGUGGUUUGAGCGAGACGCGAGUGUGAUCGCCGACCCAAGACAGACAGAUAUCAUCUACAAGUCUCUGAAGUCGCUGCAGAUUUUCACGGCGCUGGACUACUUCAUUCGAGUGGGGCUCAGCAUGGUGUUCGCUUAUCGCCUCUUUCACGUGGUGGAGCUCAUUCGGGACCCGACCAAGCGACCAACUCGCUUCUACCCGAAGCGCCAUUGGCCGUCCGCGAUCGUGUUGAUUUUGUUUGUUAUUGUGCUGGUCGUCUUCGUAGAGGAGAGCAUUCGCACCGUGUGGACAUCAGCGCUAGCGUGUGACCCCCACCCGGAGUGCGCUGUCAAGGCCCAUCGGUGGACACAGGUGACGAACGGGUCGCUCACGCAGUGUCCGUGUCUGGCGCUCAUCGACGAAGUGACCGCCCCGAAAACCUUCAUGGAGUGGCUGCAGCCUACAGAUGUGACGGACAAGGUGGUGCAGCUGGCAGCGACCGGAGAUCUCCGCACGAUUAAACUGGUCAACCGAUACUUUCCCGUGCUCCCGGAUGAACUUCGAGGCUGUCGGCACAUGAGGCACCUUCUAUCGAGUUUUUUGUGCGUUAUUCACGGAGUUGCAAUGUGCAGAUCGCUAGUUUACACCUCCAUGGACCGCCUGCCCGACUGGAUCAACGAAUUCACAGAGCUCGAAUAUCUUUAUGUUGAGGGGACUUUCGUCAACUCGCUGGUGGAGCUCCCGGUCGGCAUCUUCGACGACAUGGCCUCGCUCACGUUCAUUCACCUGGGCCUGCACCUUCGUAUGCAGCAGCUCCCCUCCCUCGACGGGUUGAUGAGUCUCAAGGCGCUCACUUUGGCCAUGUUCGGCUCGCUCGUGGAACUCCCGUCCUUCGAUAGCCUGCGCAACCUCGAACGCUUAGUGCUGACGGGGUUACCGUUGAUCCCGACGAUCCCCGACCUCAAGUCGCUCCAGAAACUCAAAGCGUUCUCGGUUAACGACCGCGGCACGUGGUGCUGCAAUGGAUUUCUGGGCGACUGCGAUCUGCAGGACCCCUUCUGCGGCUUCCACCCGUUCUGGCACCUCGGCCAAGCUUCGUGCCUGCCGGCUACAGUAGCCAAAGCAUCCGCUGAGACGCUGGCAGCCGUGGGAAAGUUUUCCGAGACGGUGUGUCGUCCUCCAGAUAUGACUUACCCGGGACCGGACCCUCCCACACCUGAACGAAGUGCCCAGUGUGGAGGCGUCGUGUAUCGGCAGUGCAGCUUACCCGGACAUGAUGAAGCCAUGUGCUACAGCGCUCGGUUCAUGGUGAUCUCGUGUGAUGCAGGCCCUUUAGCGAUUAAAAUGCGGCGACUGCAGAUUGAGAAUGGCGUUGGUGAUCCAUGCAACCCCGAGUUCGAGGCGUGGCUCGGUUGUAAGUAA